GUCACACGUAAAGGGGGGGGGAGGGGGUCGACAAAGUGUGACAUGGUGUGACAAGGGGUGGGAGGGGUCCUAAGUUUCGUGACAUCACAUUUCAAAAUCUAGAGGUACUAAUCGCGUAAUUUGAAAUAUUAAUUAAACUAAAAAAUAUGUCCAACUCUAUCUUUAGGGCAAUACGGUUUAAAUUGUUUUGUUGACAAGUUCAUAGCCGCUUCUGACGCGUGCCGAUCGCCGACGAGCCCUUUGACUAAUGCCGCCAAACGCACCGCACCUCGCGUAGGUAAUGUUUUUGUUUCUAUAUUUUCAUUCGACAAUUUGCUUUCGCUGAGUGAUCGACGUCGUUUUUUUAGUUGUGCUAUUUUGUGGAUAUAAACAUAGUUUAAUAAAUCAAGUUCAAAAUGAAUAAAAAGAUAGAUUUAGGUAAUCUUUACCGUAGAUUAUACGAAACAUACAGUGCGACUUACGCUGAUAAAAAAAAACAGCAUAUACAGGAAGAAGUUAAUACCUUAUGGAAAAUUUUGAAAAGUAGUGACAAUAUCGAAGGUGAUGUGGAAUUGAAAAUCAAAGAGCUGCAGAUACAAAUGACGAAAAAAAAAGCGACACUAAUGAAUUUUUUUUCGAAAAUUCCUUCGGCGUCAACAUCACGAAUAAAACUAGAGCGGGAAAAGGAGGGAAAAGUACAAGUAAAUACUAACGAAGGUCAGACACCACUACCAGAAGACACUGAUAUGGUUAAUAUACCGUCAAGUGAAAGUCAGCUUCAAACAAUACCUAAACCAACGCCUAGUCAGAGUGCUUCAUGGAAUAAAAUUGUAGUUUUAGAAUCUGAACUCAAUAGCUUGUUGUUAGCACGCGAUGCUGGUAUAGCCUCAAAUGAAGCAAUAAAAAAAAUCUCAACUUUAAAGAAAAAUAUUCAGCAGGAAAAAAAUAUAUUAAAGCGAAAGAUUAGCGCAGAAGAAAGACAGAAAAAAAGUCGUGAUUUUAAAAAACGAAAAAUUGUAGAACUUUGCGAAAAAAAUACCGAUUUAGCCACAGCACUAAAACUUCGAGAUACUUUUGGUCGGCCUAGAAUAGAAGAAACACAAUCCGGUUUACUUGGAGUCAUAAAGGAACUUGCAGUUUUUGGUGGCGCAGCUGAUGAUCGACGUCGCACUGAAGCUAUAAGGUGCUGUAAAACAUUAGACGACUUACAAGCCGAACUUUGUAAACUGGGAUAUACUAUCAGUCGAUCAGGGUUAUACUUGAGACUUCUGCCCAGACGAGUCAAUACAGAGGAAGGAAAAAGACAUGUCGUAACUGUUCCUGUCAAACUAUGCAAACCCGACUCUACGCUACAUACGAAACAUCAAGAUGGUCCAUUUUGUACUGCGACGAUAAGAAACCUUGAAUCGUUAGCUUCAAUUUUGGGCCCUGAACAAGUUUUCUUUUUAUCGAUGGAUGACAAAGCACGCGUGCCAUUAGGUAUUACAGCAGCAAACGCUCAAGCACCAAUAUUAAUGCACCUUGAUUAUCGUGUAAAAUUACCGGAUCAUGAUUUCGUGGUUGCGGAAAAACAUAAACUUAUUCCCUCUGUUUAUGCAGGUAUUGUAGUAAAGAAAGAUGGUGAAGGAAAACCUGAAGCUGUGACACAUUCCGGGCCUACAUAUGUAGCAAUUCGCAGUGGAAAGCAUUCGUCCUCUAAUGCAGAGACUCAUGCCACAGAUAUACACAAACUUACUGAAAUAUCGGCCUUCGAGAACUUCAUGAAAACUCGAGAAGGUUUUGUAAAACCCGUAUUUAUUUUUACUUGCGAUGGUGGUCCCGACGAAAAUCCAAGAUACGAGCGAGUUAUAAUUUCAGCUAUACAACAUUUUAAAGAUUUUGAUUUGGAUGCUGUUUACAUUGCCACUAAUGCCCCAGGAAGAAGUGCCUUUAACAGAGUAGAACGACGAAUGGCACCUCUUAGUCGUGAACUUACUGGUGUUGUAUUAAAACACGAUAAUUUCGGUUCACAUCUCGAUUCCAGUAAUAAAACUACUGACCUGGACUUGGAAAAACGAAACUUUGAGAGUGCAGGCACAGUACUGAGUAAUAUUUGGAGCCAAUUGGUCAUUGAUGGAUAUCCUGUGAUUGCCAAAUAUAUUAUGCCUACAGAAACUAGACUGGAUGUUGAACAGGCUAAGGCAUUGAAACGUGAUGCGAUUUGGUACGCAAAUCAUGUCCGGGAAUCACAAUAUUUACUGCAAAUAGUAAAAUGUGAAGUGGUUUCGUGCUGUGGUGUGCAACGAUCUAGCCUUCGGCGACUACUACAAGAGGGUUUUUUGUCACCACCUGUUUUAAUUAAACAGACGUCAAGCGGGUAUAUAACAACAGAAAAGGAUGAUAUCGAAGGUAAAUUCGCUCCACUAUUACUUAAAUUAUCUUUAAAACUGAGCGCGUCAUCGCAUUUAAAGCAAGUACCGUAUGAUAGUUACUGCCCUAGUGUUGAGGGAUACUUGUGUAAGCGAUCUUGCGGCUUCUGUGGUCUAUAUUUUGCAUCAUAUAAAGGCACUAACCAACACAAACAACUUCAUAAGAUUAAGCAAGAUGAAGUUCCCAUUGCAAAGAUACGCCCUCAAAGAAUAGCAGCUAGGCGUGCCAGAGAAAUUCUUUGUUUGGAUAUUAAUGAUGAUGCCUUAUGGUUGGAUGAAAAAGACGUUGACACCACAAAUGUUCCUGACGUGAAAAACGAAGUGAACUGUGAAGUGACUCCCAUGCCAGUUAUAAAUAAUUUAAAGGACUGGGUUCAAAGUCCAUGGACUGAAGAUGAUUGA